CUGUUGAUUAGUGUGGAUCAGUGCUCAGGGGGCGGAGCUGCCUGGCUGAACUCAUAAAGCGCGUGCAGCUGCGCGAGGAUGUUCGAGCGCACAGAGGCGCGCGCUUCAUUCAGACAGCUAUACGGAAUCUGAAAACAGACAACAAUCCCCACACAGUAUCUGUAUUUUUACAUUCUUCAGAAAUAAAAAGACAGCUAUUAAAGUUGGUGCUAACAAUGCGGGACUCGGUCUUCAACUGCUGUUUUAACCCACCACAUCCUCCGGGUGUCUUGGAAGAGACCCACUUGCACAGCAACAGAGCACAAGCACUGCCUCCAAAUAACCGGCGCUUUCUUAUCUUUUUUGAUUUUGACGAGACCCUUGUGGAUGAGUGCAGCGAUGAGGCCAUGGUUACAGUGGCUCCCGGUGGUUCUCUGCCCUCCUGGCUUAAAGACACGUACAGGCCGGGCAAGUACAAUGAGUACAUGCAGAGAGUAUUGACCUACCUCGCUGAACAAGGGGUCAAUCCGCCAACCAUCCGUAACACCAUAGAGCGCCUUCCCCCAUGCCCGGGUAUCCCUGCCUUGAUGCAGUUCCUGAUGUCAUGCCCACCACAUGAAUUCGAGGUCAUUUGUGUUUCAGAUGCCAACACAGUGUUCAUCGAAACGUGGUUCCAGAGCCUCGGCUUUCGCUCGCUCUUCAUGCGCAUCUUCACAAACCCAGCCCAUUUCGAUGAAAAUGGACAGCUUCAGCUCCGUCCCUUCCAUUCCCACAACUGCCAGCGGUGUCCGGGGAACAUGUGCAAGGCCGAAAUCGUGAGACGAUACACGGCUCAAAGGGUGCACGAAAGAGGAGGCAGGCCAUACCAAAAGGUGCUGUAUGUUGGUGACGGUGCGAAUGACUUCUGCCCGUCGCUCACACUGGCACCAGGUGAUGUGGCAUUUCCUCGGCGUGACUUCCCCAUGCACAGGCUGAUCCAGGAGAUGCACGAAGCCAAACCCGGAGAGUUCAAAGCAACAGUGGUGCCUUGGAGCAACGGAGUGGAUAUCAUUAACAAACUCAGGAAUGUCAUGGAAGUGCAGAGUUAAAACAUGACUCAAAUACAACAACAGGAACAUAAAUAAAUUAAUAGCGAGUGUUAGUGUAAGCUGCUGUUUCACUUUGUCAACAUUGAUAUACUUCUGUACAAAUAGACAAACAUUGAGAGAAUUGAUGGUCUACAUGAAAUAUCUUAGAACCUAUUUUUCUCUCUUAUAGAAGUUUGCGUUAGUUUAUAUAAACACUCUUUUAAUAGAAAACAUAGAACAUUUACGUAGAACAUUUAAAGUUCUUCCUGGAGGACCAAACUGAAACAACCAGCAGAGGUUCCUAAUUAUACUAUUUUAUUCUAGUAUAUACUGUAUAUUCUGGUAUGUUGCCUUCCAUCAGAAAGGGCAUCCGGCGUAAAACCUGGGCCAAGUUGUUGUGCAGAUAGGAUAGUCCGGCAGCUGAAAGUCCAGCAACAUGUUCCUCUCGACAUUUAUUUUCCUUGACAACGAGAUUGUGGGAGUUAAAUUUAUUGUACUGUAAGUGAAAACAAAUGAGUUAUUUUUAAUGAGUAUAUUUUAAAUGAAAAUUUAAGUAAUAUUAAAGAUAUCUUCACUA